AUGAUCCGUAUUCACUCAUUCACUGCUUUAUCAAAUAUUUAUCAUGAGCCCUCGGUGACUCGGACGGAUAUUGUAGCCUCUUCCAAGCGAGGACGGAACAAAUUUUAUCACGGAAGCCCAAAUGGUAUGCUUGAGUCGACUCCAAAGACCGGUUUUCGGGUUCGGCUUUUAACGGACCUUCGCGGCCUGAAUACCCGUUCCGAGGCGUCUUGGGCCUACACGCUUAAUCCGCGAAAUGUUGCCCCACCCUCUGUCGGGAAGUUAAGGCGGAAUUGGAAUGAAGGUUUAGCGGUUGGAAGCGGAUCGGUCCCCGACAGCGGAGGCUCCGGAAGUCAUUACGCCCUAAUCAACCACCAUUUUCUGUCUUUUUGA